AAGUCCAUUACAUAUACUAGACUAGAGAAAGGGUUUGGAGUUGUUCUAUUGGCGCACACGCAAAGUUUGAAGGCCUACACUGUCAGGUGUGGGUGGAGUGAACAACAAAGAUAGAGGGGCCCCGAAGAUGAGGGGCCAAACAAAGGUGAAAAGGAUGUGAGAGCGCUUCACAAGACAUACAGCACGGACACCAGGGCCAUAUGUGGACCAGACAAACACACAGAGCUGACAGCUGAGAAAGACGUGACGUUUUGCGAGGCAGCAGAGAGUGGGGGAGGGGAAGGCAGAGUGAACGUGAGUGUGCUGGUGAGUGAAGCGGAGAGGAGAGGAAAGAAGGGAAGGGGAGUGGGCGAGUGAGCCGAGUGUGCAAGCAAACGAGCAUCUCUUUCAGGCGUGCGGACGAGCAGGGGCUGGUGAUUGGCUGGGGGUGUGACCAGCGUCACUCACGCAGGCAGGGGGAAAGCUCACAAGCGUCGAGCAUCUCGCGUAGCACGGUGGAUCUGGGAGGAAACCCUUUUUGCAUUGGGUAUAGAAACCCCCCCACCUCCCCUCUCAUACACACACACACUCACACACACAUACGGUAGCCUACACACACACUCACGCACACAGCCCUGAAACAGCUGCAGCCUGCAGGGAGGCGAUCCUCUCCGCUCACCAAUUUUUUUCACUACUCCAAGCGCUACCUCUCACGACCGCCUUGGCUCCUUCCUGCCUCUUCAGCUCUGGACGCAGCAGCAACCUGCUAGCAUCCUCCAUCUCUCCUUCUCCCUCCUCCCUCAUCCUCCUCGUGCUCGCCCCUCUCUUCGCUUCUCGUCUGCUGUCCUCCGUCCUGGUGACAGCACUGCCACAGCAGCAGCAGCCAUGAACUACCUGCGCCGCCGCCUCUCCGACAGCACCUUCAUCUCCAACCUGCCCAAUGGCUACCUGUCCGACCUCCAGAAGCCGGACCCCCCGCAGCCUCCUCCUCCUGGCCAGCAAGCAGCGCCCGGAUCCGGGGGCCUGUCUCCCGGCGCCGCGCCGUCGCCCAGCGUCUCUCCGGCCGUGGAGCGCAAGCCCCAGCCUCAGCAGGCUCAGCCCCAGCAACCCCAGCAGCCUCAGCCCCAAGCUCAGCCUCAGGCCAAGGCUCAGCUGCCGUCCCAGCCCAGCAGCGGGGGCACCGGGUUCUUCAGCUCCAUCACCAACGUGGUGAAGCAGACGGCCGCCUCGGCGGGACUGGUGGAGCAGACCGCGGUCACGGCGCCCAAGAAGUUCAAGAUAGUGCUGGUCAUCGACGAGCCGAAUCAGGAGUGGGCCAAAGUGUUCAGAGGGAAGAAGAUUCAAGGGGAUUAUGACAUCAAAGUGGAACAGGCCCAGUUUGGAGACAUUGAUGUAGUAUCCCACGCCAGUGGGACAUGCACUGUGGCAGUUCAAGUCUUGAAGAAUGACACAAAAGGGAUCAGGUCGUUCAAGCCGGACUUUGUGCUGAUCCGCCAGCACGCCUUCAGCAUGACGGAGAACGAGGACUUCCGCAACCUCAUCAUCGCCCUGCAGUACGCCGGCGUGCCCAGCAUCAACUCCCUGGACUCCAUCUACAACCUGUGCGACAAGCCCUGGGCCUUUUCCCAGUUGAUCAGUGCCUACAGAAGGCUUGGCCCCGAAAAGUUCCCUCUGAUCGAGCAGACGUACUACCCAAACUACAAGGAGAUGGUUGCCAUGCCAACGUUUCCUGUUGUUGUGAAAAUUGGACACGCUCAUUCCGGAGUGGGAAAGGUGAAAGUGGACAAUCAUAGUAAGUUUCAGGACAUCACUAGUGUCGUGGCCCUGACAAAGACAUACACCACCUCCGAGCCUUUCAUCGAUUCGAAGUACGAUAUCAGAAUUCAGAAGAUUGGGACGGACUACAAAGUCUACAUGAGGACAUCCAUCUCUGGCAACUGGAAAUCAAACACAGGGUCAGCUAUGCUGGAACAAGUUGCCAUGACAGACCGCUACAAGCUCUGGGUGGACACUUGCUCCGAGAUGUUUGGCGGGAUGGAGAUCUGCGCUGUCAAGGCCAUCCACGGCAAAGAUGGAAAGGAUUACAUCACUGAGGUGGUGGGCUCCUCAAUGCCGCUGAUUGGGGAGCACCAGUCGGAGGACAAGCAGCUCAUCUGUGACAUGGUGCUGGCCAAGAUGAACGCCGACAUGGGACCCGACUCCAAACUCGAAAGGCCAACGACCAUCCAGCCAUCACAGACUUCGCCUACGGAGGUGGUGAGCGAUCUGAAGAAGCCUGCGAAGGCUCCCCCUCAAGGUUGUCUACAGUACAUUCUGGACUGUAAUGGCGUUGCAGUGGGGCCAAAGGCCGUCCAGGCUAACUGAGACCAGGGACCCGCAGAACAGAGCAGAGAGUAGAAAAUAAUAUUGACUUUUAGAAGUGCAUAGAACUGCAGCCAAGGAUCAGUCUGCGAUGAAACACAUAGUGUUGCCAGAGACCAAGACUAUAGACGAGAGGGGGGGUGAAAGGAGCUACUAGUAGACAAGGUCGUUAGCGUAAUAUAUCUCUGUGUGUUCAUCUGCACAGUGUGUCAUGUUGGCCUGGGCGGUGUUUUGUCUUUCCUAUGCAGUGUCAAAAUGUACUGUCCCCCCCCCCCCCCCCCACAAAACGUUACGCUGAUGAUUUUUGUGUGCUUUUGAUGGUCGGUCGCUUCUGUUUCCCCUGUAAAAGUGAGCGUCUUUUUUUUUUUCUUCAGGGCUGUUGUAAGUUGUGUAAAGGACAAUGUGUGCCUAUACUUUGUUUGGUGUCAUCUGUAUCCAUUUUUUAUUUUGUAAUUUAACAUCUUUUUAAAAAACUCCUUUUUAACUUUUAAUUUUCCACAUUCUUUUUAUCGAUGAUGUGCAAACUGUGUUUGGAUGUGCAGUUUGGUGUGUGUGUGUGUGUGUAAUAUUGUGUGUGUAAAUAUAUAUAUGUAUGCUUGUGUGCGUGGCCAUGUGUGGAGAUUACAUGCAUAUAUAUUUACAUGUCCCUGCCUAUGUACAUGUUUUUAACUCGCAUGAAUGGAUCUAAUAAGAGAUAACUGUGAUGACUUGUGAAGUCAGGAUGAUGUAUUUUGUAACAGCACUGUUAAACUAACCUUCAAUAUUUUGUGCACUAUAGGCUUGGUGAAUAAGAACAUUGUCCCUAUUUUUAAGUACAUGCGAAAUGUAAAGACUGGUAAGAGAAGGCGGAUAGACAUCACAUCGGUUAAAGGCUGGUAAGAAAAGACAAAUAGAUAUAAAUAUCUCACUCGAAUUAUACAUGCUAUUUAUAGUUGCUAGGAAACGAUCAGCUAACCGCCUACCCAUACUAGUUAGAAAUGCAUUUGAAUUGAACCCAGUAGUCUUCAUCAUUAGUCUCUAUGCACAGCCCAGGAAUGGAUGUAUGGCAGGAUUGAAACACUAUUAUUACCCAAGGCCUUGUAAUAUAUAUAUAUACAGUAUAUAAAUAAGUGAACAAAUAUUUUUUGAACCAAAGGAUGAGACCAUUGCUAUUUCACUUCAAAUGUUUCAGCACUUACUGUCAUUUUUAUUUAUUUACACAUUUAUUAUUUUGCUCUUUUAAAAUCUAAUCUCAUGACAACAGUUGCUGUUUUCUUUUUGCUAGAUUCAUCAUAGAUAGAAGAAAUAGUUUUUUUCCCCUUGGCCUUCUUUAUUAAUGAAAGCCAUAUCUUAA